AUGGCAAUCAACUUGAAGAGUGGAAAAAAGGUUGACAAUAGUGUUAAGCAAGCUACUUUUCAAGAUAAACCUGUUGAGAAUGAAACAAUGAUUAAGACAGCCAACAAGCAAAUUCGAGAGAGGGAAGCAAAGACAACUUUACCGUCACCACCCUUUCCUCAGCAUCUUCAAAAACAAAAGCUUGAUAAACACUUCCAAAAUUUUCUAAAGGAAUUCAAAAAGCUUCACAUCAACAUUCCUUUUGCAAAAGCUUUAGAGCAAAUGCCAUCAUAUGUGAAGUUUCUAAAAGACAUAUUGACAAAGAAGAGGAAACUUGAGGAUUUUGAGACAAUUACAUUCACUGAAGAGUGUGCUGGUGUCUCAAUUAUGCCUUUGUCUGUUGCUAAGAGAAUUAGACUAAAGGAGAUUCAACCCACUACAAACACCUUGCAACUAGCUGACAGGACAAUAAGGCACCUCUAUGGAGUGAUAGAGGAUUUCUUACUUAAAGUUAAGAAACUGUUCAUUCCAAUAGACUUCAUAGUACUUGAGAUGGAGGAGGAUCAAGAGGUUUCGAUCAUACUAGGACAUCUAUUCUUAGCCACUGUAGCACACUAA